GCCUCCCCGUCCCAGUGCGAACGCGGGAACUGAAAACCCUUGCUUUUCCAAAACUAGGGUUUCCUUUUCUCGCACUCAAUCUUCUCAAUCCCUCCCGCCCAAGCUAGGGUUCGCUGUCGGCAUCAUGUACGGCGGCGAUGAGGUUUCGGCCAUUGUUAUUGAUUUGGGUUCUCACACCUGCAAAGCUGGCUACGCUGGUGAGGAUGCUCCCAAGGCGGUGUUCCCUUCCGUGGUUGGGUCAAUUGACCAAGCAGGAGCUGUGGAAGAUAUUAAACCUGAGAGGGAUUCUGAACCUGUGCCAGAUUCUAAAAAUGGCAUUAGAUCAUUUGAUUCGGAGAAAACCAAGAGUAAACGCAAAUUAUAUGUGGGUUCUCAAGCCUUGGGAUAUCGGAGGGACCACAUGGAGGUAAUAUCACCUAUAAGGGAUGGAGUUGUUGUUGACUGGGAUGUAGUUGACAAGAUAUGGGAUCAUGCUUUCAGGGAACGAUUGUUGAUUGAUCCCAAGGAACAUCCCAUGCUACUUGCGGAACCAUCUUCCAAUGUUCCACAACAAAGAGAAAGGGCUGCAGAGCUUAUGUUUGAGAGUUACAAAGUUCCUGCAUUGUUCUUAGCUAAGAAUGCUGUCCUUACUUCUUUUGCUUCUGGUCGUGCAACAUCCCUAGUUGUUGACAGUGGUGGUGGAUCCACUACAGUUGCUGCUGUACAUGAUGGAUUUGUGCUUCAGAAGGCUGUCUCCUCAUCUCCAAUUGGUGGUGAAUUCCUAUCUGAGUGUAUGAUGAAAAGCUUAGAAAGCAAAGGCAUUGUGUUAAAACCUAGAUACUCAUUCAAGAGGAAGGAAAUCCGCCCUGGAGAAUUUCAGUCCAUAGAUCUCGACUUCCCAAAUACCACAGAAAGCUACAGGCUCUAUUGUCAGAAACUAAUUGCCAGUGACAUCAAGGAAUGUGUAUGCCGUGCCCCUGAUACUGCAUAUGAUGAGAGUGCAUAUGCGAACAUCCCCAUGACUUCGUAUGAGUUACCUGAUGGGCAGACCAUCGAAAUUGGUGCUGAUAGGUUUAAGAUUCCGGAUAUUCUAUUUAACCCAUCUUUAGUGCAGACAAUUCCUGGCAUGGAGAGUUUCAAUGAUCCUGCUGCUUAUCGUGGUCUUCCUCAAAUGGUUAUUGAGAGUAUAAAUAAGUGUGAUGUGGAUAUCCGCAGAGAACUGUUUAGCAGUAUCUUGCUUGCAGGUGGCACAGCAUCGAUGCAACAAUUGAAAGAACGACUUGAGAAAGACUUGAUGGAGGAGGCUCCUCAAGCUGCCCGGGUUAAGGUACUUGCCAGUGGAAAUGCAACUGAAAGGCGAUUCAGUGUCUGGAUAGGCGGCAGCAUUCUGGCUUCGCUGGGAUCAUUUCAACAAAUGUGGUUCUCCAAAGCAGAGUACGAAGAGCAUGGAGUUUCUUACAUUCAACGGAAGUGUCCAUGAGGCGGACAAUGGAGAAUCACAGGCGCAUGUAUUAUGUCUUUGCUCGGCGAGAGUACCUUAAGCUAUCGUACUAAGAUCAAACCAUUUAUUUGUAUUGGAUACAAUGUAAUGAUUUUCGGCUCAUAUUAAACAAGAGAAUCAUGUAAAAGUUCAACUAGGGGUGGUGAUAUUCUAACCAAAUAGUGCUUUAACAAGUAAAUGUUCUCAUGAAUGCUGUUGUAGGAUUCAAGCAUGUUGGAAUUGGAUAAUUGUCAUUGAAUUGCCUUAAAAUUUUGGGUGUUCAUUUGUCGGUAA